AGUGCCUGAUUUCUUGAAUAUAGUUCAACUCCUUUCUUCUUUUUCAAACGGGUGAAGAAGCACUCAAAUAUUUCAAGGAAGACCCUGCAUUAUUUGAUAUGUAUCAUACAGGAUAUCAAGAGCAAAUGUCACAUUGGCCGGAGCAACCAGUCAAUAUUAUCAUAAAAUGGCUACAGGAUCAUAACCCUCGUUUAACUGUGGCGGAUUUUGGCUGUGGAGAUGCACGCCUUGCAAAAAAUGUGAAGAAUGAAGUUUUCUCUAUUGAUCUUGUUGCACAUGAUCCUUCAGUAAUUGCCUGCGAUAUGUCAAAUACACCCCUUGACGCUGCCUCAGUAGAUGUUGCAGUCUUCUCUCUUUCAUUGAUGGGGACUAACUUCUCUAGUUACCUUAAGGAGGCACACAGAGUUCUCAAACCAAGUGGUUGGCUUUUGAUAGCAGAGGUCAAGAGCAGAUUUGAUCCGAGCAAUGGAGGAGCAGACCCAAAUAAAUUUUCUACAGCUGUUUGUGAUCUUGGAUUCACCUCAACGUCAAAGGACCUCUCAAAUAAGAUGUUCAUUUUACUAUACUUCAAGAAAAAGGAGAACCAAAAGUCGAAAAAGAAAGAAAUUGAAUGGCCUGAGUUGAAACCCUGUUUGUACAAGCGUAGGUGAGAUAAAGAGGCACAAAAAUACAACUCAUUUUCUGCUAUGUGUCCAAAAUUUUGUCAGCUGCUUCUGUAUCUACAUUCUGCAAUGUGAUUUUGAUAGUUGGAGAUAUAAAUUGAUUAUCAUUUCAAUGUGUUGGAUGAACUUAGACCAGACUUCCACAAUUGGGCCUGAAAUACCCUGCAGAAAAAAAGGGUCUCUAGAGGAAUGGGGUCAGGUUGGUUUGGCAUUAUGCCUCACGUAAAACAGAGUCAAAAGUGGAGGGCCAAUUUCACCGACUAAACGUCAUCCUCCUCACAAGUCUCGUCGCCAAAAAAUAAAAAUAAAAGCUUCAAUAGUUGACAGUUUUCACGACCGUUACCAAACUACAUGACUUUUCUUCAUCUUGAUAUUUGUAUUAUUAUUGUUUUUAGGGAACACAAGGCAUCAGCCUCCAAAUCAUUCCCGUCCACCGACAUGACUCUUGGCUCUCUAAUUCUUCAAUAUAAGUAUAGAAUGCAAAACGUUAGUAAUGCUUU